UGUCUGGGGCGAAGGCACUUGGGGCCGGAAGGGAGGAGGGCGAGGACCGCGAGCCCCCAGAGCACCCCGAUUGAGGUCUGGGUCCCCGGGCGUGGAAACUUCCCGCGCGGCCCGCAGCACGGGAGGGGGCGGUGGUUCCGCUACCGGAGGAGAGCACCGCUCGAGGCUCGGAGUGCGCGGCGGCCGCCGCCUCCUCGCGUCCCCGCCUCCGCCGCGCAGCCUCCUCCCUCCGCCGGCUCGGCCUCCUGCUCCCUCCUCUCGUGGCUGGCUCCGGCGGCGGCGGCAGACUGGGAGGGCGUGCGUCCGCUGAGAGGUGUCGGCGGCCGGGCUAGGGAAGUUUCAGUGGAAGGUCGUCCGCCGGCCGGCGCGUCCUCCUGUUCUCCUCCCGCAGCAUCAUGGCGGAGCCGAGCGGCUCGCCCGUGCACGUCCAGCUUCCUCAGCAGGCGGCCCCGGUGACAGCGGCGACGGCGGCUCUAGCGGCCGCGACAGCAACGCCCAGCCCAGCCGCCCCGACAGCGGGCGCGCUGGCCUCCUGCCCUGCGCCGGGCGGCCAGGCAAUGGGCUGGCCCCUGUGUCCCUCAGCAUAUGAUAUGCCAGAAGUAGAAUGCAGUGGAGCUACUGCUGUGGUUCAGGCUGCCCUAUGCAAACCCAGACAAGAACGUGUAGCAAUAAAGCGGAUCAACUUGGAAAAAUGCCAGACCAGUAUGGAUGAACUAUUAAAAGAAAUUCAAGCCAUGAGUCAGUGCAGCCACCCCAACGUGGUGACUUAUUACACCUCCUUUGUGGUCAAAGAUGAACUUUGGCUGGUUAUGAAAUUAUUAAGUGGCGGUUCAAUGUUGGAUAUCAUCAAAUAUAUCGUCAACCGAGGCGAGCACAAGAAUGGAGUUCUGGAAGAGGCAAUAAUAGCAACAAUUCUUAAGGAAGUUUUAGAAGGCUUAGACUAUCUGCACAGGAAUGGUCAGAUUCAUAGGGAUUUGAAAGCUGGUAAUAUUCUUCUGGGUGAGGAUGGUUCGGUACAAAUAGCAGAUUUUGGGGUAAGUGCAUUCUUAGCAACAGGGGGUGAUGUUACAAGGAAUAAAGUCAGAAAAACAUUUGUUGGCACCCCAUGUUGGAUGGCCCCUGAAGUCAUGGAACAGGUGAGAGGCUAUGACUUCAAGGCUGAUAUGUGGAGUUUUGGAAUAACUGCCAUUGAAUUAGCAACUGGAGCAGCGCCUUACCACAAAUACCCUCCAAUGAAAGUGCUAAUGUUGACUUUGCAAAAUGAUCCACCCACUUUAGAAACUGGAGUAGAAGAUAAAGAAAUGAUGAAAAAAUACGGCAAGUCUUUUAGAAAGUUACUUUCACUGUGUCUUCAGAAAGAUCCUUCCAAAAGGCCUACAGCAGCAGAACUUUUAAAAUGCAAGUUCUUCCAGAAAGCCAAGAAUAGAGAGUACCUGAUUGAGAAGCUGCUUACAAGAACACCAGACAUAGCCCAAAGAGCCAAGAAGGUAAGGCGAGUUCCUGGGUCCAGUGGCCACCUCCAUAAAACUGAAGACGGGGACUGGGAGUGGAGCGAUGAUGAGAUGGAUGAGAAAAGUGAGGAAGGGAAAGCAGCUGCCUCCCAAGAAAAGUCACGAAGAGUAAAAGAAGAAAACCCCGAGAUUUCAGUGAAUGCUGGUGGCAUCCCCGAGCAAAUACAGUCCCUCUCUGUGCAUGACUCUCAGGGCCAACCCAAAGCUAGUGAAGACUACAGAGAGGCUUCUUGUGCAGUCAACCUUGUCUUAAGAUUAAGAAACUCCAGAAAAGAGCUUAAUGACAUAAGAUUUGAGUUUACCCCAGGAAGAGAUACAGCAGAUGGUGUGUCUCAGGAGCUCUUCUCUGCUGGCUUGGUUGACGGUCAUGAUGUAGUUAUAGUGGCUGCUAAUUUACAGAAGAUUGUAGAUGACCCCAAAGCUUUAAAAACAUUGACAUUUAAGUUGGCUUCUGGCUGUGACGGGUCGGAGAUUCCUGAUGAAGUGAAGUUGAUCGGGUUUGCUCAGUUGAGUGUGAGCUGAUGUACGCCCCUUGCUGUCACCCUGAUCUGUUGUGCUCCCUCCUUCCUCACUCCCCGCCCUCCCUACUUGCUCCAUUCCCCUCACUCUCAAAUCCCUACAAGAAAGAAGAUUGUGAAGAGGCUGGCUUUGAUGAAAUGGGAUAAAAAAUGAUUUUUUUAAACCUUGCAACACUGAGUUCCGCAUUUUUCUCUAGCAACCCACAGUAUGAGAGCAAGCAAAUGCUACAGCUGCAUGACUGUUGCUGAUUUUUCGAAAAAGCUAUUUAAUAUUCUUAGCAAUCAAUUCGGAUAGCCUGCAAACAAAGCGUCUAAAAUACACUCAGGUGGUCCCCUUUAUUGGCAACAAACGCAAUUUUCUACCAGAAGCCUGUUUCCCCUUUCAUUGUUAUAUUUCUGUUAUAAUACUUUUAAUUGUACAUCUGACAAUACUGCCUCUUUUAUGUUGUACCUAGAAAUUAAUAUACUUAUAAAAUUAAGAUUUAUUAGCCAAACUUGAAUUCUAGUUUUAAAACUGACUGUGAAUUUUAUUUUUCAUAUAUUUAUGCUUUACACACCUUAGCUCUAAGGAGAAAGUUUUUGAUUAUAUGCUUCUUGCAGCUAAUCUCUUUAUUUAAACAAAAACUUUCAGGUCUAUCUUUGGAGUAUUUGUAACUUCUUAUUUUUGAAAUGUUGGAAUUAGGGAUUUGGAUGCUUACUCUUUUGGUUUGUUUGCCUAAAAACCAGUCCACAAUCCAGUUGUCUCUGGGGAGGGGGAGGUGCCUUGCAAAUUUCAUAUUAAGAAUGUGCCUGAGACUACUUUACUUUGGAAUAGUCUCAGAUAUAAACUUUCUGCUGCACAAGGUGGCAUAUGUAAUUUUGCUUCAUUGGAACAUUUAGAAUACUUUUUUAAAAGUUGCCAUUCUGUUAGAUUGCUAUCUAUGUCCCCAUCUUUGAUUUGGCUCUCCUUAACUGAUGGGAUUUAUUAUUCUAAAGAUGAUAAACUUGAAAAUACCAGAAUCUGAGUUUUACUUGAAAUUCUGCAGAAUAUCCAGGUGGUGAGAAAAUAAUAGAAAGGGUUUUGUGCAAUGACUGAAAGUUAAAAUGCUGUAAAGUUUCAAGAAUAAAUAUUUCCAACCCAAAAAUCUUCUCUGCUUGACUAUAUAACAUGGACCUAGUAGACGUUAGGAUUUACAAAUUUGGAGUCUAAACUUUCCAGAAGGUGGGCUCCCAGGAUGGUACCAUUGCUCUUCCCUAGCUAACCCUAGAUAUGGCAGCUCUUUAAUGUACUUUAAAAAGCAAAUAUAUAUUACUAAGGAAAAAGUUAUUUAUAAUUGCCUUGUCAUAAUUGUUAAGGUGUUCUAGAACCAUUUGCAUACAAUUUAAUGUAAUUUCAUUCCAUUCUAUUGUUUACACGAUUACUCAAAGAUGGCUGCAAAGGUAAAAGGAAAAUAAAGUGUAUUGCACAAUG